GUGGAUCCAUAAAAUAAGGAUCGUCGAUAAGAACGCAGGAGAGAUCCGAAUGUCCUGGACCAAAUAAGCCGUGCCCCUUUGUACACACGUAACGACACGACGUUUUAUCGAUAAAUCCCAACGAAGAGAGAAACACCGAAGAAUCGGAGAUAUGAAAAGAGGCGUCAAGAUUUUGCACGAUUUGCACGCUUUGAUUAAACGACCAAUGUCGAGAAAUUCAGCAGGAAAUCUUAUCGAAACAAUUAGAAAUAGAAAUUGGCAAAUUUUUGAUCGAGAUAUCGUCGAACGAGACAAAAUAGUGGACACGAUUUUAAAGUAUACGGAGAUCACUAACGAUCACAUGACUCCUGAUUUAAAGCUUUUUCUUUUGACACCUAAGUGUUCUUUAUAUUAUGAUUCGUUUGAUAAAAUCAAGAAAAAACUCGAUCAAGUGGAAAUACAAACUUUGAACAAUCCAUUUUGGUCCAUAUACUGGCCGGGUGGUCAAGGCUUGGUAAAGUUCAUAUUCGACGAACAAACAAAUAUAUUUACGCAUUCUAAGAAGGAUAUUAACGUUUUGGAUCUUGGAACUGGUUGCGGCGCUACGGCUAUAGCAGCGAAACUACUUGGAAUUCGUAAUGUCAUGGCAAAUGACAUCGAUAAAGUUGCCUGCAUAGCCACGCUCAUGAAUGCUACAUUAAACGGCGUGGAUGUUCAAGUAUCGUGGGAUAAUUUAUUGGACAGACCACUCGAAAAAUCGUAUGAUGUUAUUUUUAUCGGAGAUCUACUUUACGAAGAAGAAUUAACCGAAACUUUAAUACCGUGGCUACUGGAUGUAGCCAAGAAAGGAACACGAAUAUUUCUUGGUGAUCCUGGAAGGCAUGGACUUACAGAUAAAUUGAAACAAAAUCUGAAACUAUUACGUCAAUACGAAUUGCCGGAAAAUACGCGGAAGGAAAAUAAUGGUUAUCGCGAUGUUUACGUAUGGCAAUUCAUUAACUAGCUCCCGAAUAAAUACGUAAAAGUAUGCUCAAUUAAAA